AUGAGGACUAUUUUAUCCAUUCUUCUAUGCACUAUUACAGCUCCAGAGGCACCAAACAACAUUUUUGUCACUGAACUAACGUCAACUUCAUUCAUCCUUAAUUGGGACCCGCCUGAUGUAACAAAUGGCCAGCUUGAAAGCUACAAGAUAAGCAUUGUUCAACUGAGUGACCCUACUGCCACAAAUCUGGUCUUUACCGUACCCGGAAAUCUAAAUAGUAUAUUGAUUAGUGGUCUUCAACCAUUUACGCUAUAUGAACAAUCUAUAUCAGCUUAUACGAAGCCAAACGAACUGGGCGUUGGAGGGGGCAUGGGCAAUGCUCGUGAGGCCACAACAACUACACUGUCAUCAGGUAAUUUUAAAUUUUCUUAA